ACAUUAAUCACUCGGCUAGUCACAUCAAACAGUAAAUUUAACGGAUAUAUUGUGAUUGGUAAGUAAUUCAAUAGUGAUAGUACAUGUAAAAGUAGAAUUGAAUAGAAAUUACUGGACGCGACAUGAGAAAUAAGGUUUUAUAUAUAAAGUGAGAUGAGAUGGGGGCAAGGCAAGAGUAAUUAUUAAUGAUUGGGGGGAGUGGAAGCGACGCAGAAGCAAAUGGGCAAAGAUGUGUAGUGAGUUCGCACAGGCACAGCUAAGGCAUCUUGUACAGUAGUGUGCGCUCCACAGCCACAGCGUGCUGUCAUCUCCACCAUAAUUCCAAGACCCUACCCCCUACCACUAUAUAAUCUUUUCCUAGCCUCAAACACAACAGUAAAUCAACAGUUGGCGGAUUGUGUAAUUGGUAGUGCGAUGAGUAGUGUGAGAUGAAGGAGCGUCAGCGGUGGCAGCCGGAAGAAGACGCCCUCCUCCGCGCCUACGUCAAGCAGUACGGCCCCCGGGAAUGGAACCUCAUCUCCCACCGCAUGGGCGCUACCCUUGACCGCGACCCCAAAUCCUGCCUCGAGCGCUGGAAGAACUACCUCAAGCCUGGCAUUAAGAAGGGCUCUCUCACCCCCGACGAGCAGACCCUCGUCAUCUCCCUGCAGGCUAAGUACGGCAACAAGUGGAAGAAGAUCGCCGCCGAGGUCCCCGGCCGCACCGCCAAGCGCCUCGGCAAGUGGUGGGAGGUCUUCAAGGAGAAGCAGCUCAAGCACCAAAACACCUCCGAUUACGCCGCCGCCUCGCCGGAGAAACCCGCGCAGGGCAAGUACGACCAUAUUUUGGACACCUUCGCCGAGAAGUACGUCCAGCCUAAGCUCGUCGCUUUUCAUCAGCCGCCCGAUCCGCCGCCGGUACUGUCGCUCGGCUCAGCCGAGACGGCGAAUUCCGGCGCGGCGCUCCCGCCGUGGAUGAAUGCGAUCUCGAUCGCCACCCCCACGGCGACGUCGUCGCUGACCUCGUCUUCGUCGACGGCAUCGCCGUCGGUGAGCCUGACGCUGUCGCCGUCGGAAGCGGAUGCGGUGCCGGUGCAGCAGCAGAUGGGGAUCCUGAUCCAGUACGCGAGGGAGGUGGAGGAAGGGCGGGAGGUAUGGGUGCGGCACAGGAAGGAGGCGACGUGGCGGCUGAACCGGCUGGAGCAGCAGCUGGAGUCGGAGAAGGCGCGGCGGAGGAGGGAGAAGACGGAGGAGAUAGAGGCGAAGAUAAGGAGGUUGAGGGAGGAGGAGAUGGCGUAUGUUAGCAGGAUGGAAGGAGAGUACAGGGAGCAGCUGAGCGCGCUGCAGAGAGAGGCAGAGGCUAAAGAGGCAAAGUUAAUGGAGGCUUGGUGCAGCGUUCACGUGCGGCUCGAGAAGCUGCUCAACCAAAUUGGGCCCCACCACAGCGGCGGCGCCAUGGCUGCUUUCCUUUCCCAAUAAUAGACUGAAACCUUUUGCCCAUAUAUAGCUUCUCUCUAGAAACUUUGUCAUCGAAUAUAAAUACACUAGUGGAUCGAUGCUAUCCAAAAUGCUCAAAUGAAUUUGCAUCCUCAUAUAUAUAUAUAUAUAUCUCGUCUAUUUCUCUCUCUCACUAACAAUAAUGAAGAAGAUGCAUUUGGUUA